AUGAAUGUUCGCGACCCUUUCAAUCUACAUCAGAACUCCGCCCUUAGCGUUUUCAAAAUCACGGCCGCCCGAGCUGCCCAUAACAUCAAAGAAAAAGCAGUCGAAGCCGGAGCCACUGCGCUGAACGACAUGUCUUUCAAUGUCCCAAAGAACGUUCCCUCCUUCAGCAAUCCCCAGCGACAACUCGAGGACAGAUAUUGGGGUGCCUCUGCCAACAGCAGCCGAUCCUACCGUGGAGGCAACACUGGUAUCUUCCACGGUGUGCAGGGGCGGGUAGAAGACCUUCUUGGUACCAAGGGCCAGCUUCCCAUGUACAAGGACAAGCCCUAUGCCCACCACGCAAGCCGGAGGUUUCGGCCUCUCUGGCGGCGGAAGCGCUCCAUCCUCGUCACCCUCCUCUGCUUCGUAACAGGCCUCUGGUUCUUCGGCUUCUUCUCAGAGGGCUCCAAGGCCCGCGAAUCGGCAACGACAUGGACUGGCUGGCUUGGUGUGACAGAGCCCACGGGCAAGAAGGUGGACUGGCUCAAGAGACGGGAGAGAGUAGUUGAGGCCUUUGAGCUCAGCUGGGAUGCCUACGAACGCUAUGCCUGGGGAUACGACGAGUACCACCCCAUUGCGAAGACCGGACGACAGAUGGCACCCAAGGGUCUUGGUUGGAUUAUCAUCGAUUCGCUCGACACCAUGAUGUUGAUGAACUUGACAUCACGCCUGAGCCAUGCGAGGCAAUGGCUUGCCAACGACUUGACGUGGGAUCAAGACCAAGACGUCAACACAUUCGAGACAACCAUCAGAAUGAUGGGUGGCCUUCUCUCUGCGCAUUACCUGUCCACCGAGUUCCCCGAGCUGGCCGCGAUCAAAGACGACGACCCAGGCGCGCCUGGUGAGGACUUGUACCUGGAAAAAGCAAAAGAUCUGGCCGAUCGUCUGAUGAGCGCCUUUGACUCGCCGUCAGGAGUUCCCUACGCCAGCGUCAACCUGGCCACCUACAAGGGCAUCGUAUCCCACGCUGACGGCGGCGCCUCUUCGACCGCAGAGACAACGACACUGCAGCUCGAGUUCAAGUACCUAGCCAAGCUGACCGGCGAAAAGGACUUCUGGGACAAGGUCGAGCGGGUCAUGAAGGUGGUUGACGAUAACGGUGCUCAGGAUGGACUUGUCCCCAUCUACCUCUACGCCACGACGGGAGAGUUCAGGGGAGACAACAUUCGCCUGGGCUCCCGCGGAGACUCGUACUAUGAGUACCUGAUCAAGCAGUAUCUGCAGACGAACAAGCAGGAGCCCGUCUACCUGGAGAUGUGGGACGAAGCCCUAGCAGGAGUCCGCAAGCACCUGAUAACCUACAGCAAACCCUCUGGAUUUACUGUUCUCGGAGAGCGCCCCUCUGGCCUGAACCACGAACUGUCUCCAAAGAUGGACCACCUUGUUUGCUUCAUGCCCGGUACCAUUGCUUUGGGAGCGACUGGAGGCAUUCCCGAGGCAGAGGCCAGGAAAUUACCCACAUGGAACAAGAAGAAGGACGAAGACAUGAAGCUGGCCCGCGAGCUCAUGCAGACGUGUUGGGGCAUGUACAAGUGGAUGGCGACAGGGCUUGCCGCCGAGAUCACCUAUUUCAACAUCGACAACCCACCUGCAUCUCCCUCGGCCUCGCAUCACCCACCCAAGGACUUUGAUCCGGAUCCGCAUGCCAAGUGGCGACAGGACUUUGAGGUACACUCUCAGGAUGUCCACAAUCUCCAACGACCAGAGACGAUUGAGAGUGUCUUUUACAUGUGGAGAAUCACUGGCGACAUCAAGUACCGUGAAUGGGGCUGGGAGAUGUUCAAGUCGUUUGUCAACUACACCUCGGUCGAGGAUGGUGGAGGCUUUACGAGUUUGAGCGACGCCAACACGAUUCCCCCAGUUACGCGUGACAACCUGGAAAGUUUCUGGAUGGCCGAGACGCUAAAGUAUUUCUACCUCCUGUUCUCACCGGAUGAUUUGUUGCCCAUGGACAAGGUCGUCUUCAACACGGAAGCGCACCCGCUCCCCCGGUUCGAUAUGGGCAAGCUCUUCAGCACAGGCUGGCAGCGCAAGCCAAGAGACGCCAACGGAAAGCUGAUUGUAGAGAAAAAGGAGGAGCAAAAGGAACAAGCAUGA